AUGACCACUCAUUUCUCUCACUCUCCACCUUCACGUCUCUCUCUCUCUUCCUCUCCUUCUCGUCCUCGCCGCCCUCCACAGUUGCCGCCCACCACCACCGCUACACUGCUGUUCUGAGACGAAGGGAGCGGCGCACGCGGCAGCGUUGCUCCGCCACUGCUGACUCGCCGGGGAAGAAGACGCUCUUCUGGCUCGGCACCUUUGACUCCGCCGCGCCGCCUCCCCCAGUCCGACGCUCCGCCUUCCCCGGUCCGACGCGCCGCCUCCCUGGUUCGACGCUCCUUCGGAAGCCUCCCCCUCGGUUCGCCUACAUCAGCGCCUCCUCUGUACACUUGAAUUCGAGUCCGCCCCACCCCUGAAUUCCAAUUCGCCGCGCCGCCUCCUCCCUAUCAUAGACGGUUGCCUUGAGAGAUUGAGUGAGAGUUUUGUUGGAUUUCCAUUUUUCUUAUAACUUUUACCGUGGUUGGUGAGAGAAGAUGAAUGCGGUGGGAAGGCAGAGAUCCGGCGCGGCGGCGGCGGUAGUACUCCGACCAAUUCGUGGAAGCUUCAUCGAACGGCCGAUGGCUGCAAUCAGCUGGCCUGCAGCAUCUACAGUCAUCGAACAAUGCGGUUCCUCCAGCUCAGGAUUUUGGAUAUUACAAUGGAGGCGGUCAGGUUCGAUAAUGUACAGUAGUGUGCAGGCGCAGAGGACGUACAGUGGAGGCGAUUUGUUUGCGGAGCCGUUGACGCCGCCAGGGCAUUCACGGCGGAAGAACGGCGAGGAGCUGGUUUCGCCAAAUGAGAGUAGCCCAGGGCUGUUGGAUCUGCAUUCGUUUGACACUGAGCUACUUCCGGAGGGUGUGAUUGUUGCGAAUAGAUGUCAGUUCCCAGUCUGUAUGAUGCCCAUCCAAUGAAUAAUUUUUCAAGAGGAAGAAGCUUUGAUGAUUCUGACCCAUACUUUGGGAUCAAUAAACAAACCAAAGCUCGUGGCUUAAAAAGCAUCGCUGCUGACAAUGUGAAGGCUAGCAAUGUUGCAAAGAUCAAAGUAGUGGUAUGUAUUUUCUGUUUUACAAGUAGCUGUCCUACUCCAGACUUUUCAGCUGGAUGAAAACUCCCAUUACUUUUCAGUAAAUGAGUGUUCAUAUAUAUGAGUGGUAUGUAUUUUCGGUUUUAUAAUUCUUGAAUUGCUGGUUGUUAUGAUAGAUAGCUGCUGCUGGUACUCUGUUUUGAUCUCUUCACUUGAGCAUUAAUUCUAGACAUUUAUAUGAGUUUUUUUGGUUGUGAUAAUUAUUCCAGUUACAGUGCUUCUUGCUCUACAUCAAUCAUCAUUAUGGAGAGUGUUGUAUUGCUUUGUUAAGGACUUUAGCUUCAUUAAAUUGGUUAUUUUCCAACCUUUAACUAGGGUGUGCUCUAGUUAACUCUGCUACUAUUUAAUGGGCUGGAACCUUUAGCCAGGGUGUGAGUUGAAUUUAUGAUCUUUGGCUACAAGCACACCUGCUCUGCCAGUAAACUAUUACUAUAAGAUUUAAAUCCUGAUGAAUUUCUUUUUGAGAAAGUGAAGUGUGUGAGGGUGCACUUGUUGAUGCACCUAGUUGUAAAAUUUCAUUAAUAUACAUGUUUGUUUUCAAUGUAAAUUUUGUUGAUUAUCAUAAUGUUGUUUGUAACUGCAAGUCUAGGGGUUUGUGUGCUUUGGUUUUAACUCCCAGAAGGUACAACACUUUCUUUAGCAAGCUAGUAUUAUUAUUGUAUUAAAGAGAAGUGAAUACUCCAAUGGCUGCUAUGUAAUAGAGUGAUUUUUGAUAUUUUUUGUCCUGUUUUCAUGUAAAUUAUAGGUAGAGCGCCCAAGAUUGGGCUGCAGCACCUCGUGCAACAAUAUCAGAUGCCAUAGAUUUGGUCCUCCUCUUAGAAGCAAGAACAAUCAAGUGUUUGGGCAAGCAUGAAAGGGUGGGAGUCUGGGAGAUCCAAUUGCUUGAGAUUGAGUCUCUUUUGAACUGCAGUGCUCCACCAUCCUCUACUUGUUCCCGACAUAUGUAUAUGUAUAUGUUGCGAGGUCAAGAAUUGUUGGACAUGGAGAUGGAGGAGAGUGGGAGUUGUAGGGAUACUCUCAAUUUCUUUUAAUAUUUACUACUACUACCGGUAUUAUAUGUAUAUACAAUGCAUACUCGUCUUGCCAAUUUUGCAAAUUGUGUAUGGUUUCAAUUUUAUUUUUUUUAAAUA